AUGGCGGCCCGCUGCGGCAGAGCGCUUACUAAGGUCGGAUGGACUUUGCUGGACUCUCCGCUGUCCACACGGGCCGGUACCGGGGGGAGGCUGCUCGGGACCAGGACCCUCUUCACCGGGGGCUCUAGGGCGCGGACUGGGCUGGCUCUGUCCCGGACCGCGGCCACAGGAGCGUUCCUACUCGGGGGUGGACUGGGUCUGUACCACACAGUGAAGCGGUGGCAGCAGCAGCAGCACUUUGCACAGGAGCCACAGAAGGCUGAAGGUGACGCUCUGAAGCUGAUCCUGUACCAGUACAAGACCUGUCCGUUCUGCAGUAAAGUCCGAGCCUUUUUGGACUACCACGGGCUUCCGUACGAGAUCGUGGAGGUCAACCCUGUCAUGAGGAAGGAGAUCAAGUGGUCCACGUACAGAAAAGUGCCUAUUCUCAUGGUCGAUGAAGUGCAAUUGAACGACUCCUCCGUCAUCAUCAGCUCAAUCAAGUCUCACCUCGUGUCAAACGGUAAGUCGAUGUCUGAGAUCAUCCGCUGUUACCCGGAGGUGAAGUCUAAGAACGACAGCGGUAAAGAGGUGGUGGAGCACAUGAACAAAUACUGGGUGAUGCUGGACGAGGCCGAGCUGCUGCAGCUGUACCCCGAGAAAGGACAGCAGAAAGAGGAGAUGAAGUGGCGGCAGUGGGCGGAUGAUUGGCUGGUGCACCUGAUCUCUCCGAACGUCUACAGAACCACAGCUGAGGCUCUGGCGUCCUUCGACUACAUCGUCCGAGAAGGAAAGUUCAGCUCCUUCGAGGGAUUCUUCGCCAAAUACGUGGGCGCGGCGGCCAUGUUCCUCAUCUCCAAACGCCUCAAGCACCGACAUAACCUCCAGGACGACGUGAGGCAGGACCUGUACAAAGCUGUGAACGACUGGAUCGCAGCCAUCGGGAAGAAACGCAAGUUCAUGGGAGGAGAGCAGCCCAACCUGGCAGACCUGUCUGUGUUCGGAGUGCUGCGUGUGAUGGAGGGGCUGCAGGCUUUUGAAGACAUGAUGAACAACACCAAAGUCAAACACUGGUACAGACGGAUGGAGACAGCCACACACGACCACCAGGGGCGCCAGUGA